GUUCAUUUUAAUUGGACAAAAAUGGCUCUUUUCAAUCUAGAGGCUGCAGACUUCUGAACUCGAGCAAAAAAACACAUUUAUUCCCCUGUGAAAACACUUUUAAACCACUUUUUCCUGCCGAGUGCUAAAGGGAAAUCAGAAGGAAAGGGCAGCACAAACUGGUGGUACAAAAGCAGAACGUCCUUGUGAAUCUGCGCAGACUUGCUGCUCCAACCAGGAGGCCAACGCUAUAGUUUGUGGUGUUUGUGGUUUCCUGGGGAGUGGUGCAUGUAUGAGGUCAUGUGUGUGCGUCUGUGUACGUUUGUGUGUUUGUGUGUGUGUGCUUUAAUUUGUGAGGAUCGUUCCUGACAUAAACAACACCAUUAAAGUCCUCAUGGAGAACAAAGUUAUUGGUCCCAUUAACCUCGUUUUCCGAGGAACUGGUUGAGUUUACGGCUUAGAUUUGAAUUGCGGUUAUGGUUAAGGUUAGGGACUGACUUGGUAUGGUUACGGUUAUGGAUGAACUAAUUUAAAUAUCUAACUUUGUUUAAACUGUCCAAAUAAAUGGUAGUCAAUGCGAGUUCUUAAAAGGAUAGCUGCACAAACCUGUGUGUGUGUGUGUGUCCGAGCAAUGUGGUGAAUACAUGGAGGAAUGCCUGGUAUGACUAAUGUGGUGAGAUCUGGAACGCUGACAGAACCUUCUCACACACACAGAAUUCCUCAUGGUCAGCCAGCAUGAACUUCAUGUGGGAAAUAACUGAGCGAACGCACUUCAUUCCAUCUCUUCCUUGACAUUUCCGUGUGCUGGUGUGAAUCUCCUUCGGUGUGGCGAUGGCCGACAGCUCGCAGUGUUUCUACUGUCGGGAGGACCUCGGCGGUAAGCGCUAUGUCCGCAGUGAGGGCAGAACCGUGUGUGUCCGCUGCCACACCAAGUUCUGUGCACACUCAUGCGCCGAGUGCCAUCGACCCAUCUCCGUGGAAACCAAGGAGCUCAGCCACAAGGGCCGCUACUGGCAUGAGGAGUGUUUCCGUUGUGCCAAGUGUUACAAACCUCUGGCCAAGGAGCCGUUCAGCACCAAGGACGACCGCAUCAUGUGUGGAAAGUGCUGCUCCAGAGAAGACGCUCCGCGCUGCCACUGCUGCUACAAACCCAUACUGGCAGGAACAGAGAGUGUGGAGUACAAAGGCAACUCCUGGCACGACGAAUGUUUCACCUGUUUCAACUGUAAACGGCCAAUCGGCUCGCAGAGUUUCCUCUCCAAAGGAAGUGACCUUUACUGCAGCCCCUGCUAUGACAAGAAGUUUGCUAAACACUGUGUUGGCUGCAAAAAGACUAUCACCUCUGGAGGAGUGAACUACCAGGACCAGCCGUGGCACAGCCACUGUUUUGUGUGCAGCGCCUGCUCAAAGUCUCUGGCAGGGUUGAGUUUCACCAACCACCAGGACCAGGUCUUCUGUGUCGACUGUUACAAGAGCUCUGUGGCGAAGAAGUGCACCGGCUGCCAUAACCCCAUCACUGGUUUUGGUAAAGGAGUGAACGUGGUGAACUACGAGGGCGGCUCCUGGCACGAGUACUGCUUCAACUGUAAGCGAUGCUCCCUCAGUUUGUCCAAAAAGCCCUUUGUCACUAAGGGAAGAGACGUCCUCUGCACCGACUGUGGCAACAAGUAGAAGAUGUGGAGAUGGAUGUGGAGAGCAACUGCAGUGGAUGCAGUUUUAUUUUUAUUUUUGUCAUUGCUUUGCUUAAGGUUGACGUUACAGGUUGUUUUAAGAAAUCAUAUCUCACAUGUUGCUGUCAGACAAUACUGUACAUAACUGAAUAUGUAUUAUUUUUUUUCACCUUCUUUUAGCACAAAUUACUGCUCCUGUUAAAUAAUGUGUUGUUUAAAAUGUGAUAUUUUCCUAUGACCAAAACAAGUUUUAAUCUCUACAUGUACUUUCAGAUUAUCAAUAGAGUUGAUACGGUUGUGUGUAUGUUUUUUUUUUGUUUGUUUGUUU